AUGGCAUCGUCGCAGAAGCAGGGCAAGAUGGUCAACUAUCGAAUGCGCGCGACCAUGAACGAUGGCAGACAGCUCGUGGGCCAAAUGCUCGCCUUUGACAAGCACAUGAACCUCGUACUAGCCGACUGCGAAGAAUUUCGAAAGGUGAAAAGAAAGGCCAAAGCGAGCGGCGCACCAGGCGCACAAACCGGCGGCCAAAUGAUCGAGGCGGAAGAAAAGCGAUCGCUAGGUCUUGCAAUCGUCCGCGGCGCACACAUCGUCUCAUGCUCAGUAGACGGCCCACCACCUGCGGAUCCCGCAGCACGACUCGGACAGAGCGCACCUGGAGGAGCUGUGCCAGCAAUGCAGGCGGGACCAGGUAUCGCGAAACCGGCAGGAAGAGGCGCAGGAAUUGGACUUCAAGGUCCAGCGGCAGGUGUCGGAGGUCCUGGUUUCCCAGGAGCAGGCUUUCCAGGAGGGCCUCCUGCAGGCUUCCCUGGCAGAGGAGGACCUGGCUUUCCACCGCCAGGAGGUUUCCCAGGUGGUCCACCUCCUGGAUUUGCUCCUCCAGGCUUUCAACCUCCCCCGGGCGGCCGUGGUUUCCAGCCUCCACCGGGUGGAUUUCCGGGCAGGUAAAUGGAUGGUGGGAAAGAGGAUACGAAGACAGAUUGAGCAGCUCUCGUGCUGAGACGCCACGUGUCGCCGCGAACAAGCUCUGGACUCUCCCAAUGCUCCGAAUGCUUGGGUCGCAUCUAGGAUAUGGAUAUGCGGACCGAGAGCAAGUCCGAGACUGGAGACAUGCAAGCACGACUUGCAGCACUACCCCACAAGCAUAGCGACGGCGUUGAAGGAGGAUAGGUAUGACUUAAAAUGAGAAAGCCGCAAAGGCGAGAAGGAGGCC